AUGAGCGCUCAAGAUCAGUCGUACGAAGAAGAAGCAUUGCGUUCAAAAUACGCUCGGCUUGGUGUUGAAUUUAAGAAAUUAAGAGAAAGGCAUCGUGUUCUGAAAGAUAGCUGCAAAGAGUCAACUGAACGACUAACACAACUUGAAUCUAAACUCACAGAUCAAAGCAUUCAUAUGCGGAAUCUCGAACAUGAAAAAGAAAGCCUUAUCUUCCACAAUCAGCACCUUCUUGAACAAUCUGCUUUUCUUGAAAAGCAACUUGGAGCUGUAAAUCAAAAACAUGGUCGCUCAGCAUCUAAUGAGUAUUCAAUUGAUAAUCAAAUUCAUGACGACGCUCUCAAAGCCGCUAUGGCAGAAGUUAACAGACUCCAUGAGGAUUUGGUUGCGCAGUCCUCACAGUUCUUAGCAAGAAUAGCAGAACUGGAAUCGACGAAUUCCCAAUCCUCUGAACGACGGAGUGUUUCUGUGGCAGUUCAAACUCCUCUUCCUAAUUUAUCCCCAUUUACUCAAUCAUCUUCCUCCGUAGAUGCGGCAUCAUCUUCCCUUGAUGCCCUCUGCUUACAAGAUAUGGAAAGAGAUGCACCUCAAAUUAAAAAUAAUGGCUUCUCAGGUCUUUCUUCCUCUCUUCAUUAUCCACCACCACCACCACUUUCCGCCGUUGUUCAAGGUGAAAGCCUUCGAAAUCCUCAAACUCCAGACAUCAAAGAAAGCAUUUACACCACGAAAGCAACGCCAAAUUUGACUCAUUCAUUCACAGAGGUGUCCCCACGAAAGCAUUCCCUCCCCAUUGUUGGCUUAGCAGAUUCCAAAAGUACCCCCGACACGUUAUCUCAAAGGGAGAAGAUUCUCCUUGAGCGAAUAUCUCAACUAGAAAGCCAAUUAGCUGAGAUGUCGUUGAAGCAACGGCUUGAAGUACGACGCAAUCAACUAUCUCAACAAGUGACGUCGGGCUUUGAAUUGAAUUGCCCUUCAUUUAAUUUCCCAGUUGAGGAUGCACCUUCAGUGAAGGAGAAACUUCUUGUCGAUUACUACGAGACGCAUCUUCAGGAUCGAACUAAGCAGCUAACUCUUUAUGCUGGUCGUGUCGCGGAUGCUUAUGAUGAGGUGAGGGUAAUUUGCUUUACAUUCUGCUAA